AUGUUAGAUUGGGACAAAUGGUUACUGAUAUCAAUUGGUGGUGGACAUGCUACUGGGGUAGAUAAAGUAGCUAAGAAACUAGAAGAAUCUAUUACUACAAUGUUUACUAAUGCUUAUGUUACAAUUAUUGAUCUUGAUAAAAUAAUGGAACAAAAAGGUUCUAAGAGGACCUAUAGUGAUAAAGAUAUCAAUUUCGAAGAUAUUUUUUCAGGCUUAAAUGAUAUUUCACAUAAGGGGAUUGAUAUUAUAAUUUUGUGUGGUUGUUAUGCGCUUCAUAAUAAAAUGAUUAAUAAAAGGUCAAAACUAAGAAUAUUUUUAGAUAGUGAUAAUGACAAGCGAUUAGUUAAUCUUAUUAAAAAGGCUAAUACACAAACACCUGAUGAGCUAUCUGCUAUAAUCACAGAAUAUAUGGAUUGUUUACGACCUGAGAUGAUGAAGUAUAUAGAACCAACUCGAGUUUAUGCAGAUAUGAUAAUACCGUAUGAGAAUGAAUCUGUUGGUUCUGAAAUACUUUUGGAUGGUGUUGUGAAAGCAAUUCAAGAAAUUGAUGGUGGUAGCAGUAGAAUAAAGACAGUUCCUGUCUGGAACUAUGAGACGGAACAAAUGGAUGUUCAAAAGGAGAGAUACUACGAUUUGUCGUAA